GGACUCGCCAACACCUAGAUGUAGGAUUAGAACCGUAGUCAAAUCUUGGGUCCAUUUCGACCCAUAAAAAAGGUCAAAUUUUUGGGCCGGUCCAUGCUUUUCAACUUGAACCCACUAUUUUCUCUGACAAACAGGCCCAUAAUUCUAACUAUCUUCGUCUUCUUCAUCGCAUGAGCAAAGGGCGCGCUUCAGAAUUCAGAUCCUCUCUCAUCUCACUUUGGCGCUUGAUGCUUCCCUGCCUGUGCUGCAGCACUGUUUGGAAAAAUAUAAAUCAACCAUUUGAUUCAAUUUCUCUACUUUUGAAGUCUCUGGGGGAAGCCAUUGGAAGCUUUGUUUUAGCCCCCUUCUUCGUCAGAAUUCGCAGUAUAUGAAGUGGAGAUUAAUUUGUGUCAAGCAAGUGGACAUGUGGCAAUAGUGUGAGAGGGAGAGAUGGGUAAAUGGAAAAUGGGCAAACUUUGAUUUGAGAGGAACUAAUUCAACCACCAAUAUCGUUAGGAAAAUUUUCCCGGAAAACCCGAGAAACGGAAAGAAAUUCCCAGGAAAAUGAGCAGUGACCACACAAACCCACCGGGACUGGUCGUCUCCACCACCGAACCCAUCCUUUCAUUCCUCACCUCUGCCUCCACAGACCCACACCUCACUCAGGAACUCCAGCAAAUCGCUUCCAAUCUCUCCUCCAAACCUAAUGUUCCGUACAAGUCUCUCCGAGCUCUCUGGCUCGCGUCCAAUGCCUCCACCAGGCCCCAGUUGGUCCAACUCUUCUCCGGAUCCGAGUUCGUCCUCACCAGCCCCAAACCCAGAGAAAAGAGUGAGGAGUUGAAGGCUAGACUUCAGAAGCUGGCUGAAAUUCUGGAGAGGAAUGCAUAUGCAGAACUUGUGAAGGAUAUUACACCUAAGAAAGAGACCAAUGAGCCUUUCUCUUCUUACAAGGAUCAAUUGGGCUUUGGUUUACAUGUCGUGGUGACUAUGUUUACCGGCUAUUUGGUAGGAUAUGCUGCAUUCAGAGCCUUGUUUAACCACAGUCCCGUGAUGAAUGCUGCUGGAGGCAUUCUUGGAUUGGUAGUUAGCAUGCUCGUAGAAACACUUAUUUUCAUAAUUAGAAGUUCUGGUCAAGAUCUUAGAUCAUCUUCUUCCACACCCAAGCUAAAGAAGAAUCAGUGACUUGGUCUUUAGAGGUACAUCCAUGUACUCAUAGAGCUGUCAGUCUGAUUUGCCGGAAGCCUGAUUGAUAGUAUGGAUAUUUCUUGAAUUUCUGAGCGUAGCUUUUUGGGGCUGAUUACCAGGUGCUGCUGGUUUUACACAUCGUGGGCAACCCCUAAAAAUCAAUGUAUUAUAGUGGAUAUUUUUUUGAAAUGUUUUUAUUUA